UCGGGGCACAGGGCUGUUCUGAUCGAGCCUCCGUUCUGGUCCCCCACCUUCAGUGUUAUGAUAUCUAUGGUCCUGCUGAAGCUCUGCUUCAACUGAGGGACACUCAGUGACAUCUAGAUGAGCGCUGGAUGAGAGAGAGUUAGGCCCUCUUUGACAUCAGUCAUCAUGGGAAAUGUGAUGAAGAGUCAAAAUAGCGUCAGCAGAACUGAAACUGACAACUCUACAUUUAAAAUAACGGACCACGACACGCUCGUGGUCUUGUCUGAUUACCCAUGCCGGGAUGUCAGCGAACCUAUUUUCAGAAUGGGGGAGAAACUAAGGGGGUUGGCUGAAGAGGGCUGCUGGUGGAAAGUUCGAUCUUUCCAGACAGGAGUGGAAAACUACAUCCCAGUCACGCACGUGGCCAAAGUUUAUCAUGGAUGGCUGUUUGAGGGAGUGGCCAGACAGAAGGCAGAGGAGCUCCUCUGGUUGCCGGGAAACUCGGCUGGCUCUUUUAUGGUCAGAGAGAGCCCAAAGGAAAGAGGUGUCUACUCUCUCUCUGUGAGACACAGGUCCAUAAAGCACUAUAAAAUUUUCCGAAUGGCCAACAGUUGGUACUACAUUUCCCCUCGCCUCACUUUCCAGUGUCUGGAGGACAUGGUCAACCACUACUCUGACUCUUCCGACGGUAUCUGCUGUGUUCUAACGGCUCCCUGUCAGGCCAACCCCACAAACGUGCUGAGCACCACCUCACAGGCACCACCUGUGGUCAUGCGGCGUAACUUCGACUGGAAGAAUGUGGACAGGUCCCACCUUCUAAGUCCCAGCACUGAAGGGUCUCCGAUGAACAGGGAAAACAUGGUGAGCUAUGGCGUCAGGAACAGCAUCGCCUCCUAUCUGUCACUCACUGGAUUGCAGGACACAGGCCGCAUAAACAAGCGUAAAAAUAAAAGCAAGUCCGUUUGCAUGCUGUCGGACUACAGCAACGGUGACAUGAACUUUGACGAAUAG